AUUAUCCUCUUGAUCUGAACCACAAUGACACCUUUCUGCAAGCCACAACAUUUCUUCCUGAAGACUUUACCUACUUCCCCAACCACACCUGUCCUGAGAGGCUCCCUUCUAUGAAGGGCCCCAUCGAUGUAAAUAUGAGCGAGAUCACGAUGGAGGAUGUCCACCAGUUCUUCUCAAAAGACUCUUCCAUCAGGCUGGGAGGCCACUGGAAGCCGAGUGACUGCCUGCCUCGCUGGAAGGUGGCGAUCCUGAUCCCGUUCCGCAAUCGAUACGAGCAUCUUCCCGUUCUCUUCAGACACCUUAUUCCCAUGCUGCAGCGGCAACGUUUACAGUUCGCCUUUUACGUUGUAGAACAAGCUGGAAACCAACCCUUUAACCGUGCCAUGCUCUUCAAUGUUGGCUUUCGGGAAGCAAUGAAGGACUUGGACUGGGAUUGUCUCAUCUUUCACGAUGUGGACCACAUACCAGAAAAUGACCGUAACUAUUAUGGGUGUGGACAGAUGCCGAGGCACUUUGCAGCCAAGCUGGAUAAGUACAUGUAUCUGCUCCCUUACAACGAGUUCUUUGGUGGGGUGAGUGGCCUGACUGUUGAGCAGUUUCAGAAGAUCAAUGGUUUCCCUAAUGCCUUCUGGGGCUGGGGUGGUGAAGACGAUGACCUCUGGAACAGAGUGCAGUAUGCAGGCUACUCGGUGACUCGACCAGAAGGAGACACAGGGAAAUACAAAUCAAUUCCCCACCACCAUCGGGGAGAAGUGCAGUUCCUAGGAAGGUAUGCCUUGCUGAGGAAGUCAAAAGAAAGGCAAGCCCUGGAUGGCCUCAAUAACUUGAACUACUUUCCAAACGUCACGUAUGACGCCUUGUAUAAGAACAUCACUGUUAACCUGACACCAGAGCUGGCUCUGGUGACCGAAUAUUAAGAGGAGAAAAUAACUUUACUCUGCCCUUCACCAAGAAAGCACCAUGCUAGACUUUCUUUUCCAAGGGUUAUCGAGGACAAGCAACACUUUGUCUAAUGAAGGAUCACAGUAUUUUGGAGAAUAAGGCUGAAAGUGCACGCACAAAUUGCCCUAGCUGUACCAAUCC